CGGAACGCGUAUUAUAUGUUGUGUUAUAUAUUUAAUAUACAGCUUGUUUGUCGGAAAACUAAUUAGUGGUUUAGAGCGUCGUACUCAAUUGUGUAUUUGUUUUACCGUAUUAAGGCAAAGUAAAUUGUAUUUAUGGUUGAUGAUAUUUGAUGGAAGGGGAUUAUGUUGGUGACAUUGUGAAGUUGUGUAAUGGAGUUGGCGGUGGAAACGUACGUGUGAAUGCAUGUGUUUCUUUGAUUUGUGUGAUAGUAAAACUGAUCUUGGAUUAUAAUAGCCGUUAUAAGAAUUGAAAGAAAGCAAAGUGAACUAAUAUGACAAGAGGAAUGAAUCGUGGUUUUCGUAAUCAGCGUGGUGGAAGGGGAUUCCGUGGAGGCGGACCAUUUCCAAACUAUAAGCAGAGGGGAAAUAUUAGGCCUCCCCCUCUACUUAAUUUCUUUCCACCAGCAAACUUCGGUUUUCCUGUACCAAACUUCAAUUUUCCCAGAGGAAUGAACAGAUUUCCUCCUAGGCUUCCAUUGGCUCCCAAUAUGAGAAUGAUGAGAGGAGGCAUGCCCCACUGGCGCGGUUCAUCCAAGAAACAAUCUAAGAAGCCAAAGAACUCACUAACUCCAAAUGCAAAUAAACCCAAACUAAUGGAAAAAGAUGUUGGCAUUACUGAGUACAUUAGUACACAUGAAGGUUUCAGUGGCAUUAUCAAACAGAGGUUUUCAGAUUUUCAUGUAAAUGAAAUCACUCUUGAUGGAAGUAUUGCAAAACUCACUGAUCUGGCACCGCCCAUAGAUGUCGAGCAUAAGAGACCAGAAAGUGAAAUAAUUGAAAUUCUGACACCAGAAAUAAUGGAAAAGCUGAACACAAUGGUAGAAACGAAGAUGGGUUAUGUUGAAAUCGAGGUGACUGAAAAAAGCAAAGAUGAGAGACGUAAGAUCCAUGAAGCAAUCAAAGAUGGCUUUGGAAAGGAGGUCUACAGCAAUACAGUAGAUAGAGGGGCCAAGAAGUUCAUCACAAUCUUCAAGACUAGAAAAGGAGUAAUGCAAGAUCGUAGGUCUCGUUGGCCUGCUGACAGGGGUGGAGUUUAUGUUCACUUCGUUCUACACAAGGAGAACAUGGAUACACAGGAAACUGUGAAUUACCUUGCAGGAAAAUUAGGGGUGAAGCCAAAUUUCAUAACAUAUGCUGGCACCAAGGACCGCCGAGCUGUGACGAGCCAGAUGAUGAGUGUCUUUAAAAUCGACCCAACAAAACUGGCAAAUUUGAGUAAAGAUUUGAAAGGCAUGACCCUAGGAAAUUAUACCUACAAACCAACAUGCUUGAAAUUGGGAGAUCUGAAAGGAAACAGAUUCAGAAUUUCUUUGCGGAAUGUUACUGGAACAGAUCAGCAGAUUGAGGAAGCAAUGACUAACCUUAAAGAGAAAGGUUUUAUAAAUUACUAUGGUCUGCAAAGAUUUGGCAGCUCAUCAUCAGUUCCUACACCAGAAGUAGGACGAGCUCUGCUGUUAGGAGAGUGGAAAGAGGCUAUUGAGUUGAUUUUGAAACCAAGAAACACUGACGAACCAUGGGCCAUAAAACGAGCACGCAAGCACUGGUGGUUGACGAAGGAUGCCAAAAGAGCAGCCAAAAUGUUAAGGAAGAAUUUCAUGAAUAUCAUUGAGUCAAAGUUGCUGUACAGCCUCAGCAGGCAUGCUCCUGAUGACUAUGUUGGCGCUCUCCAAAACAUUCCACGGAACACUCGUCUGCUGUACUUGCAUUCAUACCAGAGUUUGGUGUGGAACAAAAUUGUGUCACGCAGAAUAAAGGAAUUUGGAUUGCAGCCCAUAGUAGGAGACUUGGUGUUCGUGGAUAAUAAUGAUUAUCAGGAGGUGGUUGAUCAAGAAGGAACUGUUGUUGCAUCAGAUGAGUUCCCAAAGAGACCAAGGAAGAAGGAAAAGAAAGCCGCAGCACUGGCUGCAAGAGAAGCGGCGGCCAGGGCGGAGGCCGGCGACACCAACAGCGCAGAAGAGAAAGAUGAAGAUGAGAGAGAGACGGAUGGUACAACAAAAUCAAAUGUUGGUGAUGACACUGAAAAUAAAGGGGAAGAGGAAGGAGAAGCCACAGGGAAGGAUGGCAGUGGUUCGCCAGAUAAAGCCAUGGAGCGCAACGUGCAGGAGAGCACUGAUGCAGGUACCACAGAAGAAAAUGUUGGAGGUGCCAUGGAGGACAAUGCAGAUGAAGAUAUAACAGAAGAGAAUCCUGGUGAAGGCCCCACAGAAGAGAAUCCUGGUGAAGGCCCCACAGAAGAGAAUCCAGAGGGAUCUAAAGCUUGUCCACUGCUCGACUACAGUCAAAAGACACCCGCUGUGAGGGCCAUAACUGAAGACGAACUGGACAGCGUAAAAAUAGAAGACAUUGUGUUGCCACUGCCAGGCCAUAAUGUCGUGUAUCCAAAUAACGCUAUUAAGGAGUGGUACGAGGAGCUUCUGGCUGUUGAUGGACUCUCAUUUUCAUCAAUGAAGCAGAAUGUCAGGCAGUAUUCAGUGAGUGGUACCUACCGACGCAUGCUAGUGCGACCUGAGAAUCUCUCUUGGAAAACGAUGCGCUAUUCAAACCUGCUGUCUACUCUGAUUCAGUCUGAUUUGGAGGAGUUGAAGAAUGCCCCGGAGCCUCAGGAUGAUCCAGAAGGCGAAUACAAAGCCCUCAUCUUGGAUUUUUGUUUGCCAUCUGCAACAUAUGCCACGAUGGCUCUGCGAGAGAUACUCAAAGUGGAUACAUCAUCUUUACACCAAGCAAGUCUGAACAGCUACCUUCUCGGGAAGAAGGCUGCUGAGAAAGAAGCACCCAAAGCAGGUGCAGCUGCAGAAGAUGAUGAAACUCGUACCUCUACAGAGAAUGAAAGUGCAAAGACUGGAGAGGGAAGCACCCUAGAAGCAGAGAGUAACAUUGACAGAAACCAAGAGGACAGUUCGACUGGAGCAACAAAAAGGAAGGCGGACGACAUUACUGAAGAAGACGCAGAUGGACAAGAGACAGACGCGGAUGCAGUUGCAGACGCCAAGAAGGUGAAGGUGGAAGGUGAAACCUAAAAGCAAAAUAUAAUUUGGCGAUAAAGAAGAUUAAUAUUAGGUAAGACUUGCACACGUACAAGAAAUGUACGGUAAGUUGGUAAGUUACUUUACACUCUGAAUGAAUAUCUGUACUGUGAGUUUAUUUUUAAUGUGUUACUAGCUAUAUUGCUUUUCAUACAUAAAGGAAGGGGGCUUGCAUCUUGUAAUGAAGUAGUCUUUAGUGUAAUUGGAUUAUAUUACACAAUGUGUACAAAUAUGAGUUUGUCUUGUUGUACCAAACACUGUGUUGACUUAAUGGAAAAGUUAUUUAAGUCAUUUUCUCUCUUCAGGUGAGUAUUAGUGUCCAACUGAUGCACUUCAUAACACUGUAGGUUUCUGUGAAGACUAAUGUGUCCAGAGCAAUAUAUAAUUUUUCUUUAUUUACUGUCUAGAGAACAUACAUUCUGUAGUGCAGUUAGAACUUUUUUAUUUCCAUGCUGUAUGGUGUGAUCUACUGAUGGCAUCAUUCAAUAAACUAUUUGUUUUUAUUUUCAA